CUUUAGUUGUGGACAGUUUUGCGUAACACAUUUGUUCUUCCAUAUACCCGACUUGAUGCAUUUGUUCAUGUUGUAUAGUAUGCUGUUGUAUUAGGGUGACGAUAUAUACCAAUAUGGACCUUCCAAUCAAUCUGUUUGGUCUAAUAUUAGUGUUUGGUUUCUUUUGGAGCAAAAUGUGUCGGCAACUCAAUGACUUCAUGGAUUAUCGACUUGACAACACUGUCCUUCUACAGUCUAUUAUUUCGACGUCUGGUAGUCUGGCAUCCAUGUAAGUGUAGUCCUGCGAAAAUUCGCGAAAAUCAACAGUGCAGUGUGCAGCAGGAAUAAAUUACAAUCGGCAAAAUGAAAGUGCAAGAAGUGACUGCAGAAGGCAGCAAUGCUGUUGUCGAACAAGAAAUGGCCGGUGCCCAAGACACAAUCUAUCUAUGUAACUUCAGGGUGUCUGUGGACGGAGAGUGGCUAUGCCUCAAAGAACUUCAAGAUGUUGAGUUCAGUAUGCAAGAAUCCAUGACCAAACCACUUUCUACCCCUUCACCUGAUGUUCCUGUACAUCCUUUUGGACGCGACCCCGUAGUUAUAGAACGAAGCAACUUAGUAAAUAUAAGCAAAUUAGUAGUCAAGGAACUGAUUGAACAGUCUCUACGAUAUGGCAGAAUGCUCGAUUCAGAUCAUAUGCCUCUACAACACUUUUUUAUUGUUUUGGAACAUGUGCUUCGGCAUGGAUUGAGGCCAAAGAAGGGUUUACUAGGACCCAAAAAAGAAUUGUGGGAUAUACUACAAAUGGUGGAAAAAUAUGCGCCAGAGGCACAAGAUAUCACUGCAAGUGUUAGAGAUCUUCCAACUGUUAGGACGCACAUGGGACGUGCUAGAGCCUGGUUAAGGCUAGCAUUGAUGCAGAAAAAAUUGGCAGAUUAUCUAAAAGUUCUGAUAGAUCACAAAGAUGAAGCUUUAGUAGAAUACUUUGAACCAGAUGCACUUAUGUUAAGUGAUGAGGCUAUUGUAAUAAUUGGGCUGUUAGUGGGAUUGAACGUUAUCGAUUGUAAUCUCUGUGUAAAGGAAGAAGAUCUGGAUUGUCCACAAGGAGUAAUUGACUUCUCUCUAUAUUUGAGAUCGUCAAAUACUAUAUCAAGUGAUUCCAGUAAUGAAGAACAAGGAGACCCAAUGACAACUGUUUUGGAUCAGAAAAAUUAUAUUGAAGAACUUAACAGGCAUUUAAAUGCUACAGUGGCCAAUCUACAGUCUAAAGUAGAAUCUCUGACAACUACGAAUGCACUAAUGAAGGAAGAUAUGGCGAUAUCGAAGAAUAAUUUGCAGUCCCUGUAUGAAGAGAACAGACGAUUACGCAAACGACUAGCAGGAGGAGGGGAUGAAGAAGGUAGUGGUGGAGGGGAGGAUGGAGCUACAAGCACAAAUAAUGAUGGAAGGAGUGAAAUGCCAGGAGAGGUAGAAGAAUUGAGACAACGACUAGAGGAGGAACGAAAACUUAGAAGAGAGGCAGAAAAUGAACUAGACAUUCAGAUGUGUAUGAAGGCUGAAAUGGAAGUGGCAAUGAAGCUUCUGGAAAAAGACAUCCAUGAGAAACAGGACACGAUCGUAUCUCUGAGGAGACAGCUUGAUGAUAUCAAAUUAAUCAACCUUGAAAUGUACAAAAAGCUCCAGGUAUGUAAGUUUUAUUGCUAGAAGUUUCAGUUUGGCUUUCGCGUUCUAUCAGUCUUCUAUCCAUCACGUACAAAAUAAGGCAGUCACAUUUUCGUUAUGUUGUAGUCCAAAACAACAGAUAUUUUUAGGAAAAUUCUUUGUGCUGUGUCAAAACCUCGCAUAAAUUAUUUGUUGUUUUGAUUUAUAGGUUACUCUUACUGCACUUUAGGGGAACGAUUGCUUUAGCUUCGACGCUACACGUCUUUCGCUGAAUUACCUUUCAGAACUUAAAUGGAAAGUCAGUUAAACACGAUAUGGUAAAUUUAUCGAGAAACAAAAAUAUUAUUGUAAUUUUUGGUUAAUUUGAUCAAAGGGGUCGUAUGGUAAUGCCAAACGAUGUUUUGAAAAGUGUGUUUCUAGUAUGUUUUAACAAAUAAAGCGUGUCCGAUUGGGUACUUCAGGAUUUUGUAUUUAAACAAAACCGACAACCUUGGAAAAAUAUGAUGCCUGUUUAUAUUAUCGGAUUAAAGAAAUAUGUAAGAUGUAUUCUAUAAAUAAUGUUCUCAAAAUGCCCAUCUUAGCUGUUUCUAGAGAUAUUGACCUCUCGAUUGAAAUUUUCAUUAACCUUUUAGCACAGUUCUGGACCAAUUUCAAGAAUAAUUUGAGGAAUGUUUUGCUUCUGGUCAUUAAUCGUCUUCGAAUUAUUUGAAUAGAUUUGAUUCUUGAGGAAACCCCACAAACAAUGUCAAAUAAGAUUGUAUUGCAUGAUCUUGCAAGCCCACGGACAAUACCAUUGCAAUAAAUCAUGCAGAUAGUAGGAAAUUGUAUAUGGCAGUUUCAAAGUUUCCUUGACAUGUGACUAUCUUGUUGAAAUAACAUGUUGUUAUGGUUACUUAACUGGGGCCACCAAAAGUACAUAUUUGUAUAUAAACAUUAGCAUUCCUUCAUCAUAAUUUUAAUGAAAAAAUGAAAGAGCUUUCUGAGUAUAUUUGCACAGUUAUGAUGCGAUCUUUCGUUGUAAAACAAUUCAUAGUUCGUUUUAGAUGACUAAGGCGCAUGAAAUAUCGUCGUUAAGUCGUUAAAAAUGGUUCCAAAUUUGAAUCCUUAAGUGCCUAGUCGAUUUGACGUAUUUACUUUAUAGUAUUUACUAUACAUGGUGUCCUGAAAUUUGGGACUUUCCUUUUCAGAAAUAACUACAUUUUAUAUAACAAACCUAAUAUGUGGUAAAACAUCAGAAAAAAAAUGUAAAAAUACUCAUUAUUGAUUUGAUCGGGAAUUUCAGGUACUGCUCUUUCACAUUUUUUGCUCAUAAUUACUGUUGAAGUUGUCGCCUGCCAAUUCAAAAACACAAGUUUGUUUGCAGGAUGUAAACAAACCUACCUAGCUCGGAAACAUCGGAACGAUCUGAGUACAUUCCUGUAAACUAACAUCAAAUCGAUAACUUCGUCAUUGCUAUAGUAAGGUGCCAAUUUUAGGUUUUUAAAUCCGAUUUUAAAUAAGCUAGGUUAACCUACACACCGCGCGGCGCCUGAUUUUGAUACUAAUGUAACAUGGAUACUAACGUAACACAACGUACCUUGUGACGUAUGAUGCAUGGUCGGGAUGGCCCACGAGUUUUUCGGAACUUGGUAACUCGAUUAUUUUAAGGCUUUGGUGUUUGUGUGCCUAGGAAAACUUGCUGAUUGUUGCUUGACCUAUAUGCUCUGUAAAGUCCCAACUUUAAGGACAUCCUGUAUUUUGGCUUUUCGCAUUUUGCUUUCAUUCUCCUACUACAAGUGUGCUAUCUGCAGGAGUGUGAAAUGGAACUAACUCAAAAAGGUGAGAUGGUCAGCAGGCUACAGGCCAAAGCAGGCCAGAUAGGCAAGAUACUGAACAAUCUGGAGAAAUACAACCACUUGCUAAGAGACACCAGCGACAAAAAGCAGGGGGCGUGUCGUGCUCCUCCAGACAAAAAGCCGAGGAGUAUGAUUGGCCGGUCGAAAACAAUUGAUGAGGGGAAGGCGGGGUGUAGUAGCGAAGGGGGUGGUCAUGACGGGGAGGGGGACCAAGCUGUAGUGGCCUCCGAUUCUACAGAAUCGUUCGUCAAGUUAGAUUUGGAUUUGCAAGAUGUGGAAGGGGAUAAGAAAUGAUUUCGAUGUGAAUUGAAGACUGUUUAAGGUUGCUGCACAUCAUUUUGGAUCUUGUAGUUGUUAAGCACAAUUUUAUCGAUGCUUGAAGCCAAGUGUAUACUACUUCGCGAAUUAUUACUUCAAUUAUGUUUAUUUGUGUAUUGCCGAAUUAUUUUGUUGACAGCUGACCCAAAAAUGACGAACUGAGAGUGAAAUCCAUUUUUGUGUUUUAAGGAUACGUGGAACCUUGUCACUACUAAAUCUGUCAACCUAAACCUUUGCUUAUUUUUGAGAAUUAGUGGCAGAGCUUCAAGGGAGCACCAUACUGUCUAAUCCAUUUUUAAAAUCGUUACUCGUAAUUUAUUACUUGUUCCAGAAUAUUUAUAUCAGUAAUAAAAAAUGUGCAGCAAGCUUUAACAGUAAUUCUCGAUUUUUUGAUCUACGUCUGCAAUGAAGCAUUUUCCAAAUAAUUCGUUUCAUCUUAAUUUUAGUUCUUACAUCUGGAUGACAUAUUUCCUUAGAACUAUUUCUAUUAUAAAAAUAAAAAAAAACGUUCACUGAACAUGUUUGCGAUUACAAUGCUCCACUCGCUUAUACACAACAACAAAGACUUCAUUGUUAGCCCCUUCUUUUGAGAAUUUAAAUGUUAUAUACAGGGUGUUUCACA